AUAUCUGCGAUUUGCAGGUCUGAGGAGUAAGUUACUUUGAAGUUGAGAUGAUAUAAAUUGGCAAUGGAGAGAAAAGAUGAUUUGAGUUGAAGAAGACCCGAGUACUAGAAGCCCAAGCAAGAAAUAUAAGUCACAAUGUUCACUAUAUAGAGUGUGGAAGUCAAUCCAUUGAAGAUUCACAGGCAGAUAUUGCAAUUCUCCUCAGAAAGUUGAUUUGUGAUGAAAUUCAAGCUGGAAAGACUGACAGAGAUUUAUAAAAAGCUUGAAGAGGAUUUUGGGGAGACAUUACUUUAUGCCCCAAAGUUUGAUAUGCAGACAGCAGCCUUGUGGCUAUCAACAGCACUGACACUUGCUAGUAGUGACUAGUGAGUCUUUCUGUACAUACUUAAAAUUGAGUUUUGCGGACAGCUUCUAGUUGGGGGUGCUGCUGCAGGCGUCUGGGCUUACCAGAAGCACAGGCAAAAAACUAAUGUCCAUAUCAUGGCUUUAAACCUUGUUAGAGGUGUUCCAUAAAACAUAGUUUAUGAACUAAAAUGGUUCACAGUUG